AUGCCCUAUAUCUCGAGGUAUCAAGCGCAAAAGCAAGCGUUAGCUGGCGCCAUGCCAGGCGACAACCAAUACCAAUGCGCGCAAGGCUACAGCUGCCCGAAACCAUCUCUGUCCAUCGACCCCUACUUGCCUUCCGGAAACAGGUACUUCGACAUCGGCGCCGGCGGACCAGUUCCAUUCAAUUUCACGGCGACCAGCAACGUCACUUGGGUGACAAUGUCGCCCGCGGCAGGCUACAUAUCGCCUGACGCGCCCGAGCAGCGGAUCUUCGCCACCGGCCAGCCGUCGAUGUCUCUUACGGCGACGCUGACCGCGAAUUACACGCAGGUGCCGAAUAAUUUCACAGGCUUCAUUGAGGGCGAUGGGUGCGUCUCGAUCGAGGCUGCGCGCCCUUCAAGGAAUACUACGGUCGAAGGCAUUGCGUGGACCAAUCUCCCGGGCUACGGCCGGAUGCUCUCCGGCGUCACCCCGUGGCCUCGCGGUGGCGACGAGCUCAACUUCACAGUCGGCACCGGUCCCAGCAUUGAGUACGACUUUUACACUUUCAACACCUAUCAGGAUAGCGGCAACGUCUCCAUCACGACCUACGUCUCGCCGUUACAGAACUCGCAUGGGCCGACCCGGCCCCUUGCUAUCGGCAUCCAGGUCGACUCGUGCGAGCCACAACUGAGCUACUUCGUGCCAGUUGUAACGCCGGGGACAUAG